AUGAACCAUUAUGCAUCAACAGUUUCUCCAGAAGGAGUAGCCAUGCCACGCUUUAUUCUGUCACCCAGCCAACAACAACAACUUUCAGACAUUUUCUAUCUCAAGCAGCAACAGGAGCUGCAGCAACAGCUCCUCUACCAAAACUUCCAACACCAGUUACAGCAACUUCAACAACAGCAUCAGCACGAAUUGCAGGUAUGGAAAUAACUCAUUGGUGCAAAUUUAUGUUUUUAAAAAGUGUCUAUUCUAUAUAUAUAAUAUACACAAAUAUAGAUGUAAACAUAUAUAUACUAUAUAUAUAUAUAUAUAUAUAUAUAUCUUUUAGAGCCUUUCACAAUUCGGAACCCAUUCUCAAAAUCUGAUUUUUGAUUUUGAAAGUCAAAACUUAAAACUUAAUCCUUCAGGUAAUUCAGCUAAUUCAGUUCUUUAUUUUUAUAUCUUGAAGAAAUGAGGGUUAAAUUUCUAAUUGAGACUGUUAAAUUACAGUUGAAUGCUACUAAAGAGGCAAUUUGAAAGAAAAAAUCAGUACAGAGUAAUAUCAACCAUGAAGAAAGAGCCAGUGUAUGCAAAUAUUACAGUGGGGCUCAGGUCUAGACAAAUCGCCCUUUAGCCCCAAGGCAUUUGAUGCCUAUUUUGCAAGACUUCUAACCCUUUUUUUAUCCUUUCAGUAUCUUAAUCUGUGUAGUGCUAAUUCAGAUCUAGUCAUUUACCAGACAGUUAUUUUAAACAGCGUAAGAGAUUGCUUAUGAAGAGGCAAGAAGACCACCGCCAUAGAGAGCCACAAGAAAAGACACCAAAAGAAAGGGAGUACCGCUUUCCUCAACCAAAAAUUAAGGUUAGUCUUGUCUGGAAUUACAGUCAAGUUGGCCACAGACAAACUGGCCCAUGCUUAAAAUAACUUUUUGAUUGCUUUUUAAGUAAAGUUCAUUACUUCAAAGAUCUCUCUUGUAAGCAUUUAUCAAUCCACAGUUCAUAUAUAUGAUUUUCAUAUAUUCAAAGUCAUUCACAGACCAAAGUCUUCAGUAACCAGCAUACUAUUACAUUCAAACACUAGUAGACGCUGAGAUUCAAAUCGGUGAACAUUCAUUUUGAUUCUUUGGCUUACAAUAUAACACAACAUACACAACAGCAAGAAACUGUAACAUAUGAACAAAAUAAAAACCUUCUUACUUAAGAAAUACACAUUUUGGUAGUGUAAUAAGUGUUGGAAAGGUGUUGGAAAGCGUCCAUAGCAUCUAAGUGUUUGUAUGUAACAGUAUGCUCAUUGCCAAACACUUUGGUUUGUAUUGUAAUGGCAUAAAGUUUAUGGACAAUACAACAGUUGAAACUUCAAUUACUUUAUUAUCACUUGAUCAGACUAAUUCUGUAAUCAGCUUAUUGAAGUAAUUUUAUGUGUUGGCAAGUUGGUGUGGGUCAGUUGAUUUGUGGGCCAUUUGGUCUGUGAGCAAGUUGGUUUGUAGGCCAGUUGAUCUGUGGGCAAGUUGAUCUGUGGGCAAGUUGGUCUGUAGGGGAGUUGGUUUAUGGGCGAGUUGGUCUGUGGGCCAGUUGAUCUGUGGGCAAGUUGAUCUGUAGGCGAGUUGGUCUGUGGGCGAGUUGGUCCAUGGCAAAGUUGGUCUGUGGGCCAGUUGGUCUGUGGGCCAGUUGAUCUGUGGGCCAGUUGGUCUGUGGGCCAGUUGGUCUGUGGGCCAGUUGGUCUGUGGGCCAGUUGGUCUGUGGGCCAGUUGGUCUGUGGGCGAGUUGGUCUGUGGGUGAGUUGGUCAGUGGGAAAAUUGGUCUGUGAGAAAAUUGGUCUGUGGGUGAGUUGGUCUGUGGGCCAGUUGGUUGGAAACCCUUGUCUGGAUACUAAUUAUGAUAGCCCUUUUGGGAGAGGGAUGUCAUAAAAAGAACACUUUUUGAUUCCAAAGCUUUGCUCAUUUCUUGGAGAUGUGUUUGUCUAAUGCAUUGGUCUCCAGCUCAGCAAUCCUAAGUUGGAGUUCUAGCAGAGUCCUCCAUUGGUCUGUGGCCGAAAUCAGCCUAUGGCAGAUUUUCCAGUUGUUAAUUUUUGCUCUCAGCCACAAGAAAUGCCAUUACCAAAGUCACUGAAUACAUAACUUUCGGUUUUCCUUUUCGUAUAUUAGUUUUCUUCCCCUUCUAGAAAAGUUUGAAUAUCACUGCCUGUGAGUGGUAUGGAUUUUUCAAUGUUUUAGCAGCCAUAAUUGGUAAAAGUUCUGACAACCUACCUUGUAUUGAGAAUUGUGAAAGCUCUGCCAUUCAUUCAUCAACCUGACUGAGUGGUGUGAAAGACGAGUGAUGUGUCUGCAGCUGAUUGGUGAUAUCAAACACAUGUGAAAAAAUAUCUUAAUGUGUUGUUAUGGCUUUUCUCAGGGCUGGAAAUCCUUGUAAAACACAGUAGUAUAUAUGAUAAAUGUAAUUAUCACAGGAUAGGAAUCUCCGGCUUGUAAUUUAUUUGUUUGUUAGUGGAUACAUGUUGAUACAGCUUGAAAUAUUGUCAAGGGUUUUAAAACCCAAGCCAAAAUCUCACAAGCGUAGCAGCCAAUUACUGCUCAAGGUAAUCCGUCUCUCUUUGACAUGGAGAAAAUAGGGGUUACUAAAGGGUUUUUGUCUAUCUUUCUGACCUCAUUUGUAAUUCUCCUUACUCUGUCAUACAAUUCUUUUGAUGAUAGUUCAGAGAAUUUCAUUCUGGGUCAACCAGUAAUCCCUUGUUGAUAUUUUUCUUUAUUCUCAUCACUUGUCUUCUUGAUAUUGUAUAUGAUAUUGUAAGGAGAAAUUCUGUCUUGGUCACUCAUGUGAAUCAAAGAGUUAGAAAGGAUGGACACAGUAUGUAACUCUUAAAAGCAACUGCGUACCUCUGGUAUGAAGAAUUGUAUUUGUGAGGAAGGAAAGUGGGUGUUAGAUUGCCCACUUCCUUGCAAGGAAUCUGUUUUAUGAUAUAUCUUUUUUUUUUGAAGGUUGAACCAGAAGAAUCAAAUGAAAGAGGACAAGGUUGUUCAGCAAUGGAUCAGGAUGAGCCUCCAGAAAAGCAAUCUAAAAUAAAGCAAGAAGUGCUUCAAUCUCCACCGAAACAGCCUCCUAUAGCUACUCAACAACAGCACUUUCAGAAGGCACCAGCACAGGAUAACCAUCAUUCACAACAACAGCAACAGUCACAACAUCAACAAGCACCCCAGCCACAACCACAGCAGUCCCAAGGAUCUCAGCAGCUGCCUCCACCAGAAUGUUAGUGAACAUCAGAUUGAUGUCAUAUCCUUGUACUUGAACAGUUUAAUUUUGUAACCAGGUCAAGGUUGCUUGCAUGGGUUUUUUUUUUUCCGGAAAUGGAGUGAAAUUUUUAUUCUGGCAUGAUACAUGUUUACACUUAUUGCCCUCUAUUGGAAAUUUGUCCUUCUAAAUGUUCCAAGGAUUUUUAUUGAAAACAAAAUUCCAAGCAGCUUAAGUCCUUAAAUUCACUACUCAAUGGGCAUGCAAUACUUUGGUUCUGAAUUUGGUUGACCUCAGUAUUUAAUUGAUAAAUUUGCCAACCCUUACAUUCCAAAGAUCUGAUUGGGAACUUUCCUUUGCAGCUCUGGUUCAUUUUCUUGCAGUUCACAGGAUAUGGUUAUCAUUAAACUAACAAUCUUCUUGAUUCAUGCAUCAGAUUCUCGUAACAAAAUUGCUGGAGAAUGCAUUGACAUCUUGAGGAGAAGUUAGUUAUUAAUGGCACUCAUGGUUGAAAGUUGGCAUGGAUUACCUUUCAGAAAUGGCAUUUAAGCACAUGUUCUUUUGUAAUUUAGAAAAUAGAGGUUUUGACAAAUUUGAUGUGGAUUCUUAGUUUUGAUAGCUUCUCUGAAAUCUUGUUACAGUAUCUUCAAGUGAGGUGAAGAAGCGUCUUCAUGAAUUUGUCAUCAGCAAGAAGCAAAAGGAUCUUGCUUUAGCUUCUGGAGCACAUGCACAAGCCUUUAAGCACUGGUUAGUCUGAGUUUUUGUUAAGUUGUCAAGGAUUAUAUCUGAAUUCAAUUGGGCAAAGGUUUGUUUUCUUAUUGUUAAAAAGAUAUUUGCUGUGCAUUCCAGAUUUAGGCAGUUUUACUUGACAUCAUUUCAUGCAUCAGGUGGGACUUUGAAGUCUUGGCAGUCCUAGUACAAUACAAUAGGCUAUGAUGCCUCACUUUUGAAGCCUGAUUUCCUGAAAGUCUCUACUUUGCCUAUUUUAAACCUCUGUUGCACUGUAAUUAUUUUUGAAUGCCAUUCAUUUUUAAAGUGGUCAGUUAUCCAUGUUUUGAGGGUUCUGUCUUUAACCAAGCUCAGGUGCCAAUGGAACAUUGUAUCACUCUAAUAUUUUUUCUCCUUUUGAAUUGUUUUGUUGACAGGAACCAGCAAUAUGGUGAUUCAGAUAGAAUUGCACCCCUAGGAACUGGUUAUGAGGGAGUCAAUUAUCCAUUGAGAAAAACAGGUCAGGAGUACAAAUUUUCUGCAGUCAUAAUUUCAUUAUCAAAGCUGUAAUCCUUUGGAUAACAAUGUAGAUCAAUGUUCAGUUCUUUUUUUUUUUUUUUUUUUUCACUGAAAGCCAUUUGCUUACACCUAAUUGCUAUAACAGUGUUAUCAAAAAAAAAAAAUGGAAUAAGAAAGCAAGAAAAAGCCAACUAUGAAUUAGUUGGCUUAAUUAGCAUAUAAAGUACAUGUACCCUUUGGCUAUAAGUUGGGCAGCUGAACAAUUUUAACAGAAUUUCCAAUGAAAAAUUAUUUCAAACUGUGUGUCAACAUUAGAUGUUGAUUAGAGAUUUCAAAUGGUUCAACUUCCAAGAAUUAAGGGAAUGAGAGGCUAAAAGCCUGAAUUCAUUCAUUGAAACACAGUUAUGUUAUACUGGUCAAGUAAAUCUCAUGUUUAGUCAAACCUGUCAAAACAACCACUGUUUAUCAUAACAGCUUCUGAACCAACCCUGAAAGCAAAGUCAACACUCAAAGCCAGACUCAAAUAUUGUCAUGGAAGCCCAUUGCUAUAUAGGCGUCAAGAUCGUCGAAAUGGAAAUAGGAUAAACAAGAGCCUAACUUGUAAGUGAUUGUUUCACAAAUUGUCUUAACAUCAGUAUGCAGACUCUCCAAACUGGUCUCUACAGAUUUCCUAAGGUUCUCACUAGGAGAAUUUGUUUAACAAUAAAGAGGUUCUCUAGCUGGUGAUUAUUUCCUUUAUCAUUGUGACCUUUAUCUGUGAAUCAGGCUUGAUGUUACAGUGAGAAAUUAGUCAGAUGCUAGUCAGUCUUUGGGGUCAAGGGUAAAUAUAUAUGUUCGCUCUUUGCCUCUAACCACCGAUAACUAAGAUAUCUCAAUAUCUGAUGUGGACUUCAUGUGCUCUUUUGUCAGGCACUCUUUCAUACUCUUUCUCACUGUAUUUAUUAUGUACCCUGGGAUGUCUAGGGGCUGUGACAAUUAUAAAUCAGCUGUUAAAUAGAGUACAGUCCCAUGUCUGGCAAAUCCUUGCCACCAGGCACCCAUCAACUCAACGAAAAGGAUACAUGUUGCCAUGUGUCUAGAUAACUGAUGAUAUCAAAAUGUGAUGAGAUCAAAAAGGUGGCACACAAGGUACAGCUAAGUGUGUUACUGAUGUUCCUAUCACAGUUUGACUUCCUCUGUGAUAUAUUACUGAACAGACACACGGCAUCACUCAGUCUCUUUGUUUUGUAAAAAAAAAAAAAUUUGAGACUGCACAAAAGCUGUUGAAAACUUCAUUUAGAUUCAGCCAUUGUUGAUUGAGCUGCAGUUUUACUCGUGAGCCUGCUCUUGUAAGUUUGCCUUCUGACCAGAAGAGCCAGCUAAACUCAUAGUAGUUUUAGACUGUAAUUUAUCUAUAGAGAUAAAUCAUAUAUUUUUUUCUCUUUUUCAGUGGAAAAUGCAGGAGGUGAAAUGGGUGAAUGUUCCAAUCCUGGGUCACCAAACCAGUCAUCAUCUACCUCACCACACAGAGAGGUAAAACACUAUACUGAAUGUCACGUGGUAAUAACUGAAUGGGCUGCUAAAAGUAAAUACUUUGUGUAAUUUGGUGGAGUAAUUUUAUUUUUGUGUUUAAGUUCCCUAGUGUUUACAAUCGAAUGUAACCUUAGUUUUAAAAGGAUUUGGUUUUUUUAUUCCACCAUUAUAUGGCAACAACACCUUCAUACUUUUUGCGGGUGAGGACAUCUUUAAUAAUUUUGUUUGGUACAUGGUUUAAUUAAAGAGAAUUAUUUUGUUAGGGUUCGUCACCCUUGAGCACUGGUCCUGGGUCUGGUCUUGGCCACAGUCUACCCAAUCUCCAAGCAAUUCCACGUUACCCUUCAGGAAUGGAUCACGGCCGCGGCAGCCAGCUGUGGAAUUCAAGCCAGCUUGCUAACAAACCCCGUGUUCUAAGUCAUGGCAGUAGCUUAGCAAGCAAUGAUGUAACUCACAUGGAAGUACAACAAAGUCCGUAUUCUAGUCAAACUAUUUCAGAUGGAAUCGAGGAAGAGGAUGAGAGUGAUGUCACUGCAGCUGCACAACAUCAGGCGCGGUGGAAGCAGCUGGCAUUAGUCCAAGCACAAGCUCAGAUGCUGUCCAUGGGUUACGGGGCGCAUCAAUUGAAAGUGAAUUCUGUGGUGCCACCCUCGUCAUCUUCAGCAGGGCCACCAUCUACAUCACCAGAAGCACAAAACAACUUGUUAUCACCCCGAGUAGUGGGAGGAGGGCUGUCUGCAUCACUAACAUCAGCACAGAUGGAAAGACAAUUAAAGGUGCACCGGCCUUUGCGUCAGUCUCUAUCAGCACCAGGACUGUCUUUGUCAAAUGGUGUAGCCCUGCACCAGCAGCCACAAAACCAAGAACUGUUACAGCAGCAGCAUAUGGAAUUUAUGAAACAACAACGGGUGCAACAGCAGAAUCAAGCUAGGUUAAUCCAACAACUUCAGCAGGAGUUUAUUCUGCAGCAAAUUGGUGCCAAAAACCUCCAAAUGAACUUGCAAAAGCUGCAAGAAUUACAACAGCAACAGCAGCUGCACAAAGAAUCCCAGGCAGCGCUCAAAGAACACUUGGAACAUAUCCAACAGAAAGAAGCAUGGAAGGAGCAUUUUUAUCAGUUACAACAACAACAGCAGCAACAGCAACAGCAGCAGCAAAAAAUUCAAGCUCAAUUGUUGCAGCAGCAACAACUGCAGCAGCAACAACAACAACAACAUCAACCACACCAACCGUUACCCAGACUUGUUCGUGUAAGUAAUUAAAUUUCUUAACCAUUUACACCGUAACAUCAGUGUGCAUAUUCUUCAUACUGUUCUCUAUACAUUUCCUAAGGUGCUGACAAGGAGAAUUUGUGUAACGAUCAAGAGCUUCUCUAGGUCGUGAACAUUUCCUUUAUUCUUAGAGUCUUAAAUUAGUGAAAAUUUUUAGAAACUGGAACCGGGAAAAAGUAUGGAAAAUAAAGAGCGAGUCUAGAAAAAAGGGGAAUAAGUCUGAGGGUUUUACUGGUAAUGUCAAGUUGUGACAAAUAUUUUGUUUCUGGGCGUCAUAUCAUGCUAACUUUGAUUUUUGCUGCCCCUCUAAACCUCCUCUCAUUGUCAAAUAAACAAUUGUAAUGGUAAUAAUGGGAAUGCCAAGACUUUAUUUGUAGAUCUUCGGUCAAAACCCUUCAUUUUUAAAAAUUUUCCAACACAAUAUUGUAGCUUCUCUCAGGAUAUUCACUGAACUUCAGAGAUUGGAGAAUUUUCCAGCAGCCAUGCAGAAUUCCUCAGCUUAAUUUCCUUGUCUUAGGUUAUAUUUAUUUCACGCUAUUCUCCUGCUCCUGCAUUUUGCAAUAACAAAAACCCUUGGAAUUUUUUGAGUUCUCGCAGCCAAUUCUCCAAACUGAUUUUAGUUCGUUUCUGUUUGCUGGCUGAUUUUGAGAAAUUUAUUUGCGAUCGUGACAAUAUAUCGUUGUUGCUGGUUAGUAAACUUCCACGUUACUAAUCUAUUUGACAGUGUAUGAAGACUUUAAGGUGAUGUUAAGCACUGAUAAAGAUAACCUCCUGUUGCUGGACUUCUGGUAAAAAACCAUGAAACGGAAAAAUGAAAUAAAAUAAAAAGAAAACACCUGUAUAUUUUCUCUGACAGACACACAGUCAUGAUGACCUUCCCUCACCUCAGACCAGCCAAGAGCAACAAAUACAAGAACUUCAGCUUAUUCGUCAGCUACGUCAACAGGACUCCCCUGAAAAAGGAUCCUUGCUACAAGGAAACCAACAAGCUCUACAGCUGCGCCAAGCAGAUUUAGCUGCAGCGUCAUCCGCAGGAUCUGUUUCUCCUGGGGCAACUGUGGGUCACAGGCCUUUAUCAAGAGCUCAUUCAUCACCUGUUGUAGGUAAGCACAUAAAAAUUAUCAUUUUAGCUAUUUGUUCUUCUUCUCUCUUUUUUUUUUUUUUUUUGGGGUCGGGGGGGGGGGGAGAAGAGAAUAUGGUUUGUACCCUUUGCUGAAUAUGAAUGUACAGUUUGAAUCGCAAUAUUUUAUGUGAACAAAAAAAUGAAGCUAAUCUAGGCAUUUGUAGAUGUAGUGCCAAAACUGUGGUGGUACAGCGUAAAUUAUAUUUUCAUGAAGGAAAAGUAAUUAUAUUUAUUUAUUUUGAAUUGAAUGAUCGGGAAUGGAGAAAGAUGGUGAAUCAAUUAGUUACUUUUUUUAAGCCACAUUUGACAAAUAAUUGUCGUAAUUCUUAGGUAGUGGUCAAGUGGCUGACACAGGGAAUCGUACCGGCCUUGUUUACGACACAGUUAUGUUAAAACAUCAAUGUUCAUGUGGUGAUGCCAGUUCCCAUCCAGAACACCCAGGAAGAUUACAAAGUAUCUGGGCACGACUGCAGGAGACCGGUGUAGCUAAUCUUUGCGAAGUGAGUGUGUGCACAUUUAACUUGUGCGUUGUAAUUGUGCUGUGUAUACGAAAGUGAGAUUGUCCAAUUAGUCUUGAAAUUUCAGGGGAUUCAAUAGGUAUUUGUAAUUAAAUUGUGACUGGUGAAAUUUUGCAGUGGAACGAAAUUGAUGAUGCUAUUUUUGUUCAUACAGCGAGUGCGUCCUAGAAAAGCUACCUUGGCUGAAAUUCUUACAGUUCACAGGUAGGUCCACUUCACGCUUGAGUAAACUUUCUAACACAGAUAUAAUGCUGCUUUAUUGCGAAUCACUUCAUACCGCCAAAAUUUUGAACAACAAAAUGGAAAUGUUAGGUUAAAAUUUUAAAAUAUCUUAAAACUACUAACGACUUGGAUCACAGUUCCACAAGACUACAGGUUGACGAAGCUCUUUUAACACGGAAGGUUUAGGUUAUGCUUAUCCUUAAGAACAACAAACAGCUCUUUUAGGAGCCAUGAAACUUGCAAAAGCAAUGAUCGGUGGGAACUGUGGUAUAAUUUUAUGAAGUUCUUGUUAGUUUGCUAUACAUACAUGUACAUUUUCAAUGAAUAAUGUUUAUUUCUGCAAAUUUGCGGCACGUUUUCCAAAUGUUCGUGCAGAUAGGUCUCACCCCUGAUUUGUUACGAAAGUUUUGGGGAAAAUGAUUCGGUUUACGCGCUGGUGUUUAAAGUAUUUAGAAAGAUGGACCUUUGCAGGAAAAAAAGUUUCUCUCAUAACGUUCAGUUUUUUUACUUGAAAGGAAAAAUUAAGUUUCUAGUAAACCCUGUGGUAGAAAAAAAUAACAUUUGUUAAGAAGAAGGAAUAACAUUAUGUAUUAUACAUAAUUUUAAUUUUUUUUUAUUUUCAGUGAACAACACACCAUGUUGUUUGGUGGCAGCACACAAUGUAGAACAAAGAAUGAGGAUGGUGAGAGAAAUUUAUUUCAUCAAAAAUUAUGAAAAUAAUUCCUCUAUGGAAGAAACAAGAGGAAAAACAAAAACAAACUUGUUGGAAAGGUGCAGAAAAUUAACGAAGACUCUGUUGAUCGGAUUUCACGCAUGGUGUUCAAUUGUGAUCUUUGUUUAAAAAUUUGAAUUUUUUUUCUCUGGAAGAAACAAGAGGAAAAAAACCAAACUUGUUGGAAAGGUGCAAAAAAAAUUGAUGAAAGCUUUGUUGACCGGAUUUCACGCAUGGUGUUCAGAAGUGAUCUUUGUUUAUGUUCAAACAUGACCUUUGGUCUUUUGGUUUGUAUUUUUAUCAGGGACAAGUACUUUGCUCAAGUGUUUCAAUAAACUAUUUUGUGGUGGGAUUGGGGUAAGUUGAGCCAUAAAGCUGUUAGUUAGUUAUAUUUUACAUAUCAUUUUGUUCGGUAUCAGAUAAUCAUGGUAGAAUAUUUUGUAAUAUAAAUUGAACCACAAGCUGAUUCUGGGUUUUCUGGAGAAUCAAUCCCUUUUUCCACGUUACAUCGAGAAACUGUCAGUUCUUGUACACUGCAUGUAAAUUGGCUUAAGCACAAAUACAUGAGUGGAAAUAAUCACGGUAGAAUGUUGUGUAAUGAAAUUGAACUACAUGCUGAUGUUGGGUUUCCAGGAGAGUCAAUCUUCUUUCCACAUUACAUCAAGGAACUAUCAGUUCCUGAACAUUGUAUGGGAGUGGCUGUGAGCAUAAUAAAUGGGUGGAAAGGAUGGUUGUGAGGAGAGGUUGGAGACUAUUACGACUCAUUUUUCAAAUGAGUUGGUUAGGGAAAUUUUACAUUCGUUAGGGUAUUUUAAAAGUCGAUGGCUGCGACAAUUAUGGUAAUUUUUUAAUGAGUGUCGUUUUUUAGGUUGAUGGAGAUACAAUAUGGAAUGAAAUGCACAGUGCUAAUGCAGCCAGAAUGGUAAGAAAAACAGGUUGUUUAUAGCACAAUGUAUGGAUGCCUAAACUAUAGAAUUUGCACUGAUUUCAAUGAGUUGGAGCCAAGAGUAACAUUACUCAGUCUGGUACGUUUUCCUGUUUUGUAAUUUGAUAUUUAUAAAAAUGAACAAUCUAGGAAAGGGUGAUACAACUGCAGCCAAAUGUGAACAAGCGGCAAAAUGAUCUUUCCAAGCAAACCGCAACGGAAGUGGUUCCGGAAAAAGAAGAUUGAAAAAAAGGCUUUUCUUUCUCUGCAAUCACUUAUUGUGCAAUUUAUGUGUCGAGGUCGUUUCUUCACGGUCUAUGUAACCUGCAGGCUCAAACCUAAGUUACUUCCUGUUUAAAUACCAUAAAGUAACAGCCACUAUUUCAAUUGUUCCUUUGAACCACAGCCUCAGUAAAUUGGGUCAGUUAAAGUAUGGUGUUUUUGGAUGAGAAUUAAAGUUAAAGAAUACAUAACCAACAGAUAAUGCAUAUCGGUGCAUUUCUAACGCAAUUUUCCUGUUUCUGUUAAGGCCGUCGGGUGUGUCGUGGAACUUGCAUCUAAAGUUGCCAAAGGGGAACUGAAGGUAAGCAUGACUUUUGAUGAAAACAGACUACAGAGGGCAAUCAGAGAACUCAGACACAGCUGUCUCUCUGCUGAUGCUGGUUUAAUAAGCUCUAAGCUUGUGGGGAAGAAAAACAGGAAAAAAACAAGAUAAUUCUCUUACGCACCCGGACCCGUUGAGGCUUACGUUUCAACUCAGAGGGUCAGUUAUUUCCUUGAAAUUGGAAAUUAAAGGUUAAAUUGAGAGAGGCGGUACUCAUAAUCGUACUCAUUUAGGAACAAGCGCACCUUGUGUAUGCAGGGUAUGUUGUGGUGCAAUAUUUGUCCCUUUAUUCAAUUCUUUUAGGAUUUUGACGAUGAGUACAUAACGGUGUUAAAUAAAAAUAACAUUGGUGUGGGAAAGUUUUAAGCCAAGAGAGUAUUUAAACACAGAGAUUCCAGAGCUUGCUGAACUCGCGUUUUUGCCGUUUUUGUUUUGUUUUUCUGAAAGAAUCGUAUCUUGUAUAGAAAAAUCUUACACGUAUUCAUCACUAAAAAAGUGAUUGAUCAAUGAAAGGAAAGAGGGAAAUAGAAGGAGUGAUAUAAUAUUUAGAAGAGUGGAUCGUAUUGAACUCGUAAUAAUACAUGUAACUUAUUGCUCUGUCCUUUUUUUACAGAAUGGAUUCGCUUUAGUGAGACCUCCAGGACACCAUGCGGAAGCUCAUCAAGCGAUGUAAGUUGAAAGGCCAGGAGAGAAUAACAGAAAUGUUGCUACUAUUAACCGCUUCGUGUUUCGUGUUUUUUUAAGGCUUCCAAAACACGUCACUGCAUUUCAUCACGUAGGGACAAAAUUCUGUAACGGGAACAAAGAUGGGCACAAAAAUUCUCCAUGUUACACAAAGUGAAUUUUCGCCGCGACUUAAGCCCGCAAAAGUGCCGCGUGAAGUCUUGUCCUCAAAUGACAUGUACUUAUUGACUUAGUUGGAGACCGGAAGGGGAAAGUUUUGGCCUUAGGUCGAAUGUAAUCCUCCGAGAGCCACAUAUUUUCCCGUCCGGCUCGACCUAACUCAUUUAACAAGUACUUAAUCACAUUACUGUGGUUCUUUCUUUUUUUUAUCCUCCUUUCUUCUUACAGCUCGCGGGGCCUUACGACAUUUUGGCCUUGCUGCUCACCGUAUCGCUUACGGCCUUAAUAAGAGGAUUGUUUUCUAAUGUUUGUCAUUAAAAGCGCGUACGAGGCCGGGUCAUAUGGAAAAAGAGUAUUCCCGAAGAAAAGUGGCUGAAAUUAUCUGAAAAUUACUUCUAGUGUGUCUCAAUAUUUAAAGUCCUUGGAAGUUUCUGAAAAAGCGUCGGGUAACCUUCAAUGCGACCUUUUUUCUUUGCAGGGGCUUCUGUUACUUUAAUAGCGUGGCAAUUGCUGCGAGACUACUGAGACUGAACCUGUCAGUUGAACGAGUUCUUAUUGUGGAUUGGGUAAGUACAAUGUAGCUUGUUCCUCUCUGGAGCAAUUUUCUAUUGAGGGUCGAAGAUAAUCUAGGAUUGCUUUGGUCUCGUUUUACCUCGCUCUGUGAUUGAUCCAGAAAAUCUGCGCUAUUCUCUCAACCAAUCAGACGCAACAGUAAAACCAACCGAAACUUGGUCAACAGCGUUUUCCCACGCUUUAGUAGUUUGCUUAUUUCUCUUUGAAUUCUCAUUGACUUUGACUCCCGUGAUCACUCUACUCUACUUUUUCGGUACCCAAUUGAAAACUCUCCCAUAGUUUAAUGUCUGUACAGAGAUUAGAAAAAAGGUUUUCGUUUAAGGCAAAACCUAGCAACUGUCUUUUCGGUGAUCUUUGAGAGUUCUGUUAUAAUUUGAGCUGUAUUUGCCGCCGAAGUGCUUGGUUAUACAAUUUCAAAAACUUCUCCAUGUUUCUACAGGACAUUCAUCAUGGAAAUGGAACUCAGCAGAUGUUUUAUGACGACCCACAUGUUAUGUACAUCUCAAUUCACCGCCAUGAUGACGGGACCUUCUUCCCUGGUACUGGAAAGUCAGAAGAGGUAUUAACCCUUUCCACCCAAACAUCAGUAUGCAUAUUCUCCAUACUGUUCUCUGUACAUUUCCUAAGGUGCUGAAAAGGAGAAUUUGUUGGGCAAUCAAGAGUUUAUUAAGCUGGUGAUCAUUUCCUUCAUUCUUGUAGCUUUAUUGUUUGAUCCAAGGGUGAUAUUGUAUGGAGAUGUUAGUCACUCUUAGGGGUCACAGGGUAAAAUGAUAGUGUUACAACUACAAACAACGUAGAAAACAGUUUUGCUCCUAAAGAAGGAGGUAAACCAUUUUUCGUGUUAGACGGGGAAAUAUCUGAUUCCCUCGACUAGGAUUCUAACUUCAGACAUUUCGAUUUUCUAUCGGACUUCAGAGAACUAGUAUGGAAUGUAAUGCCAUACACCAGGUUUAAAUAUGAUAAGCGUCCUGCUUACUGCCGGGACCAGAUAUGUAGAAAGUGUCAUGCAUGAUCAUAGAGAGGAGUCGUUUUCAAUUGAGUGUCCAAAGCCGUAUCCAAAGUAAUCACAACAACCAAUCAGAGCGAAGGUCGUCAUCAUCAUUAGUCAAAGUGAACUCAAAUUGAAACAAACUGCAUGAAACGCGGGAAAACGCGAACUAAAUCACAAUUGGUUCAAGUUGUUUGUUUGAUUGUUUGAGAAGGUGGCAUGAGUUUUUUGGACCAAUCCCAAAGCGAAGUGAUGGAUUACUUUCGAUCCUCAAUUGAAAACUUCUCCAUUGCUUUGAUUCUGAUAUGUAACGACCAAAAGUCGUUCAUUAGUGUAGUUGGGAUGGGUAAGGAUAAGGAUUGGGUGCAGGGCAGCGCGGCUCAAGUCAUCGCACACAACAAUCAGUUACAAUGAAUUAAUUUUGACAACGUAUCGAUUAUUGUGAGUCUCUUACAAUAAUUGAUACACUAGUAAUGUGCAGAUGUUUUGGUCAAAAUAAGAGUUGAACACUCCUUAUUGACAACAGGCGUAGAUUUGACAGCCAAAAAAAGUUUAUCUACUGUUGUUUUUGAUUUAGUUAUUAAAAGUAGGUGUCAAGAUGAACAAAUCAUUUCAACCUAAAAAUUAUACUUUUUGAAAGACUUAGCACCUUUGGAUUUGUCUUGUUUGUUUCAGUGUGGUGCUGGAAUAGGCGUCGGCUACAAUGUCAAUAUUGCCUUCAUGGGCGGAUUAGGUAAGUUACGGCAACAUUACUCGUUCCACUUUGUUCGCUCCAAAGGUAUAAAACGUAAGUUCUACUCAUCUUCUGCCAUAAAAUUUCUUCGAAUUUUCACCGAAAACAUUUGAUGUUAAAUCAAACAAUAUCCUUAACUUGAUAUGUUUCUUACUUCUCCUCACCACCCUGCCUUAACCCUCUACAUCCUAAUAUCAGUAUCCACAUUCUCCGCACUUUUCUCUAUAAAUUUCCGUUGGUACUGACAGGGAGAAUUCGUUUAACAAUCAAAGCUUCUUAGGUUGGCGAUCAUUUCUUUUCUUAUCAUGAUCUUAAUAAUGAUUCAGCAGAUUAAGAUGAUAAAUGGGAACCAAUCAAAAUGUGUGCGUAAUUCAGUUUAUUGUAAUUGCUUUUUGUAUUUGUUAUUCAACAGAGCCUGUAUAUGGUGAUGCUGAGUACUUCGCAGCGUUCCGUUCCAUAGUGAUUCCCAUAGCGAAGGAGUUUGAGCCCAACAUUAUAUUAGUUUCAGCAGGGUUUGACGCUGCGGCCGGACAUUCGCCUGCUUUGGGUGGCUACCAGGUCACGGCAGCGUGUAAGUAUCAAGCUAAGGAGUAGUGUUGCGGGAAAUUAGCUGUCGCCUUCUCACUCAGUACGAGUGAAUCAGUUUGUCUGGCGAGUGAAAAUCAAUGGUUGCUGUAUGGGUACAGGGCUGACAGCCGGACUGACCAAAAAAAACAAGCAAAAAUGAAAACAAAAGCAUCUUUGAUCAAUGUCAGUGUCUGAGCAACUGCUUACCCACCCCUCUCCUAGCCCAACAUUAACCUUCCACUUGUUAUCAGUUGACUGUUGUUAGGUUAGGGGAUGGGUAGGGGCGCAGUUGUUAAGAUAUUGACAUUGAUCCAACAUAUUUAAGGAGGCUUCGUCACGCCUCGUGUAUCGUGAUUAUUUUACAAUGUAGCUUGAUAUGUUUUAAGUUUGUAAAUUGUGAUUUGGGUUUUUCCGCUCGCCUCGACUAUCCUCGUUUCUUCUUUAACUAAUUUUAUCCUGGAAGAAUUUUCUGUCUUCCCAAGUCUAAAUUUGUUGUUUCCUUGAAUUUGAUGAUGAUUUUUGUUCGAAGCCAAAAUGGAAGCGAAACUUCGGUAAUAUUUAGCCUAGUUGUUGGUUGAUUUAAGCUUCGUGGUGGAAGGAUACUGAAAAAGAGCACUAAGGGUCUUAAUCAUGCGUUUGAAAUCCUUUAGUAUGGAGCUUACUGAGAGAGGAAGCCAGAAUUUUGAUUACGGCCGUCGAUUGAAAAUAUGUUUCGAUAAACAGGUAUUUUGUGUGUGGGUCAAAGAGACAUCCCACUCUCUCAGUCGUGAGGAAUGGAGCCCUCAGACGAGGCCUGAUUUUGAAUUCCGUUGUGCUACGUUAUGAGCUCGUUGGUGAUGAAUGCCAUGUUCUAGUUACAUAUAUGAUAGGCUUUUCGCACUCUGGUGGUAUAGGUAAAGUGUCGUUUGUAGAAACAGUAAGAGGAAAAGUAACUUUGGGGUCAGUCUUCGAGUGAGAAAGAAAUACUGUUGAGGUAUAACUUUGUGAUGCGGUUAUUUACACAUGGUGCAUUUUCAGGUUAUGCGCAGUUGACGAAACAGCUCAUGGAUGUUGCUGGGGGCCAUGUGGUCAUGGCAUUGGAAGGAGGCUACAGUUUGCCGUCCCUGUGCGACGCAGCUGAGGCGUGUGUGAAGGCCUUGUUAGGAGAAACAGUGAGAACUUAACUUUGUUUUAUAUCUGUGGUCGUUUUCUUUCCUUUCUGGUUUCAUCUACUGAUGGCUAGAUUAACAGAAGGGAGGGUGUUAUGUAUUCAGAGAGGCAAACAAGACAAGCAGACAAGCAUGUGAAUGAACAAUUUGCAAACAAGCGAAUGAAAUCGAAGUCAAUCGAACGAACGGAAAAGAGAUCGAAUGUUGACCGAAUAAACAAACAAACAAGCAAACGAACUAGAGUGCAAUGAAGUAUUUAGGAUGUCAAUUUUUGUAACAGCAACCUAUUAUUCGCCUUCUCCUAGCUUCCUGAACUUUCUAAGGAUAGCCUUAAACGGGCCCCGAAUCCAAAUGCUGUAGCUGUGCUUGAGAAAACGAUAAAUAUUCAAGGUAAGUGAAUUGAGCAUUUUCCCGUUUUAUUCGGUGAAAAUUUCAAACAGGAUCCUACCUGAUCUUAUUUGAACAUUUUGUGUAGUCAAGAUCCUUGUCUGGUUUCGAUCCACGGAUAUUCACCACAAUGGACAAAUAAUAAUGACCAUGUAAGGGAAGUGGUGCACUCCAAGUCGCUUUACCCUGUGGUAAUGGGUAACCUGGCCCAGAAGAGUAAACAUUUUAGGUGUUUUUUAAGUAAGAUUUCAUUUCAUUUCUUGCAGGCAGAUACUGGAACAGUGUGAAGAGAGCCGCCACACAGAUCUGCCAAUCAUUAGUCCAAGCUCAACAGCGAGAGAAAGAAGAGGCCGAUACUGUGACGGCGCUAGCGUCACUUUCCAUGGGAGUUGUACAGGAAUCAGACAAGUAAGAUAUGUCAUUCUGUUCGUUGACAGGAGGCUCUUUCUUUGUUCAGGCGUAAAGCUCGUUUCCUUCUCUCCAGUAAAGAAACAUGGAUGCAGAGCCAUCCCUUUUUUUUUAAUUGCAACUGGUGUUUAUGUCAACUAGGUCCUAAGCCUUUGAGAUCGGUUUAGUUUUACAGGUUGGCUUCAUUUUAACUUAGAAAACGACUGAAAGCUAUUUCCGAGUUGUUGUUGUAACCCAAAAUUCACUCCUUCCAUCUCCCCCCCUCCUCCUCCCUCUUCGUCGCUCCUUCCUUUCGUUCCUGUUAAUGUUUUGUUAAGUCCGCUGAAUAGCUCAAAAGGCUUUUGCAUGUUUGGUUGCUAUGUGAUAUUCAACUUAUAGCUGAGAAUUGGACGAACAGUCUGCUGAGAAAUAUUCUACUCAUCUCUUGCAUGAUAAGAGAAGCGCUAUCCAUUGCGCCAAGUUUGAAGAGUGUAUUUUGCUAAUGAGAAUGUGCUUCAGCAAGUAGACCAUCUUGAUGAAGCGUGACUUUUCUUAACCAAUACUUUUAAGAUAUGAGGUCAGUUCAGUGACCUAGACAUCUCACUCCUGUGUGAUUCAUUUUCCGAGUUCAGUGGCUCGCAUGCAUUUUGAUCACCUAUCCCCACCCCAGUGGGUACCCCUUUGUUUAGACGACAGACCUAUACUCGCGUUAUCUUCUUAAAUAACUGUGGAGAUUUUUCACUCUUGAAAUUUCAGAAGUAUUGACGAAUCCAUGGAAGAAGAACAAGUUGAAACAUGAAACCAAAACAGAGCAAAUCAAAAGCAAAGAACGAUUUUAGGUAGAAUAGCUUCUAUAAAUAUCUUGUGUAAAUGCCUUUAUGCGUCUAUCACGCAAAUCACAGCACUCGUUAUAAAUCGGUACACAGUCGUGUAGGUUUAAAUGACGGACGAAUAAUCGUUACAUUUUGACUGCUGACCCAGCUCGAGCUGCAUUGAGGUAAAGCGAUUUAUCGGGACAGAAAUGUAUCAGUGAUCUCACCACCCCACACCCCACACCCCCCCUUAAAAAAAAAAAAAAAAAAAAAAGGCAAGCUUUCCAAGAAUAAAUGGACAGAACUCGCCUUAAACGAGGUUUAAGGAACGCCCUUCUACUGUGUUGUCAUGUAGUCACGAAUCUUUCGUAUCAAUGUUUGUAUCUGAGCAACUGCACCCUCCCUAGCCUAGCCCAACACAAGUCAACUGUUAACAAGUUAGGGAUAAUAGGGACCUUAAGCAGUUACGACGGUAACGCCAAGGAAGACGUCGAUUUAAAAAUGAAUACAUAUUUAUAGUUGGAAUUUUGCGAAUAAUUGGAUGUGCUUAACAUCUCUUACGGUGCCGUGAGUUAACCUCAGCAUAACAUAUGAGAGCGGCUUUGAGUUCCAAAUGGAAACUUAAAUAAUCUGCCGUCCGGGUUUCCUUUCUCGGACCACGCAAAUUCUGAUGAUUUCACGUUAUUUUGCAGAGGACGGCUAAGAAAUGUACGCAAUUUUAAAACGCACACGCUGAGCUAUCGUUCUACUCAUUAGAUCUUUUGUUUUGCCACGUCCUCGUUGCCGUCGCUGUCGUGGUUUGCUGAAGGUCCCUAGUGUUAGGUAAAGGAAGGCGCAGUUGCUUUGAUACUGAUAUUGAUCCAUAUUUUCAAGAGUCAGCAAAGAGUGAUAUUGAUAUGGCUGAAUUCCACGGUUGCAUUAUGUUGUGUUGAAGGGGUUUUAUCUUUUAUCGUACAGGUACACUUUGUAGGCUUAAUUUGCUUGUUUUAUUUAUUAUUUGUCAAAUGGAUUUCUUGUUCCGUAGGUCGGGAGAAACUGAAUUAACUGUUUCUUAGGGUGUCAUUUCUAUAGUAAGGGUGCGAAGAUUCGGGGUAUAUCCAAGAGAAACCUAGUUAUCACGUCGCUCGCAACCUUACGCCAGAAAUUUAUUUUAAUUGGCAGUGUUUACAUAGCGGGUGAAAGAACAGGCUUUCGAUACAUCACUGUCCGUUGUAGUGAGUUCUCGAACCUAAAAACUUGCGUGGAAGGUUCGUAGCUCCAAAUCGCCUCUCCAUUAUUGUCGCCAACCAAUCUGAUUUUCUCAAAACGUUCCGAACUUCUCUUGGUUAUCCCGACCCUGGAGUAGAUUCUGUCUUACUGACGAGCACUACCGUAGAAUUCGAAAAGAGUCGUUCCGAAUAAAUAUGCAUUGAUUUUACAGAAGUUCUCGUUUUUUUUUCUUCCUUUUCUCCUUUUGUCAAUGCCUGUUGUAAUUCUCGUCCGGCAUGGGUGCUUUGUUUUGGCUAAUGCGCUAAUCUUAAAGGUUUCUUCCGAUGAAAAAGUAAUGUUGAAAUCAUUCCUUGGUAGUGUACACGCCGAGAAUCAACUCUUUAAAACUGAAGCAUUAUUCAAAUAUAACUAUGUAUACUAAGCUUAGCUAUAAGUUUUCAUUAUUCAUUGUAUUAUCAUAAUCACACGGCGUGGGGGCUAAUCCUUCCACUUUCACGAUCUGAUUACAAAUUUUCCAUUCCAUCUGCUAUACAAUCCCUAAUGUAUUAGUCAUGAGAAUGUGGUAGCUUAUCGCAACAAGAGCCUCCUGCUGAUUAUUGUUUCUAUUCUCAUCACCUGUGUACUGAAAGUUGUUGGGAAAUCGCGAGGAGAAUUUCUCUGUACAUCAGUUGUGAGAGUUGAAGGAUUAGACUUGUCUAUCAGACUUCCAAGGAGUUUCUAGUGUGUAAUUUAGCCGAGAUAUCCCCUCGGUAACUCUGUAAUUAUUCCUUGUACAUAGUUGUCAAAAGUGGCUGGGUUUUUUAAAAAAAGACCCCAGUUGCUAAAGGAUUUUCUCAUUUAAAUUAUGCCUUUUAAAAUGUUACCCUGCAUAGCAAAUAUAUAACAGGGAAGUGACAAUACUGUGUAAAUGCGAUAUACAUAUAUAUUAUAAAUAGUUAAAACUUUUUAGCUCUAAGAAUGUAGAAUGUUAUGGCUUAAUUUAGUGGCAGAGUGGUAAGAUUGACUGAGCCACCUUAUAAAUGUGUAACCCGCGUGUACUGGGUCGAAAGUCAAGAGAGUCUUUGUGGCUUGUUGAAGCUGCUUGUGUACUGGAGUUUAUCAAACAUUUCGUGUUGCGCUGUUGCAAUUAUUGCAGUUGGUAGUAUUGUAAUGUGAUUUCUUGGUGUUCACUUGAGGAUCCGUGUGCCUUCACAAGGUAGCAGAAGUGAAAUUUGAUUUUAUGUGGGCCUUGUCACCAAUUUGUUUCGUCUCUUACCAUGAUUUCUGAACUGUAUGUUUUUAAGGUAGAGUUGAAGAGGUUAAAACCAGUUGAUAUUCGUCUUACUUUUGAUUUGUGUCCAACCUGGAAGCUUAAGGCUUAAAAUUAAUGUCCUUAAUACUAGUGCUUUUUGUCCUCUUGUUAGAGGAAAAACGAACACAAAUUAUCACGGCUGCACAACGAUUUUUUUCAAUCAUUUCUUGAUUUUGCUGUGCUAAUUUUAGUGUGUUCAUUCGCCUAACACGUUCAAUCUCACUGUCGAUGAUUAUGUUUUAAAUAUCUCCAUGAAUUAUUGGGACACUUAUAGGCAAACUGAGAGUGAAGAACUAAGAUGUAUUGCCUUGAUAAAACUCCAAAUUCUCAUAACCAGUAAUUAAGGAAUAAAUGCAAUAUAGAGAGGAGAAUUGCGGAUUGCAUCGUGAGGAGGAAAGGGUUCAUAAUGUAACAGGACUCUUCCUGAUUCUUGAAAAGCUUUAGUGAAGGAAAGAAUUGUAAUGUUCAUUUAUUUUUAUUUUAUUUAGUUAUAUUUUAUUGUAAGAAAAAUUCUUUUUCUCUCUGUGUUGAUAAACAAUUCCCUGUUGUGAAGCGGAGUCUUUCUUCAAAGUAUACACACAUGCAGGAAAAGAGGGAAUAGAUUAACUUCCCAACUUCUUGUUCAAUUAAUAACUUUUUAUGUCUUACGUCGAUGUAGACCUUGAAACUAAAGCUAAGAGAAGGUUGGCUUUCAGAGACUAGCGUCACCAACGGAUGUAUUUUCAAAAUUAAAAACGAUUAAAAAUGUUGG